UUGAACGUGGAAGAGACUUGGUGCACGAUUGCACGCCGUAAAUAACGCCCCGAUUCUUUCUCUCCACUCAAGAAGCAAAAAAAUAAUUAAAUUAUAGAAUUGAGGAAAAACUAGUUUUCGGGUAGUUCAAAUAAACCUUUUUGCGAAUAGCAGCAAAUUUUUGGGAAAGCUCGUAAGUGUUGGAAAAUGGUCGGUGGUGUAUUGGAGGAUGGACCACUGAUUACCCCCGUUGAAUCAGUAUCGAAGAAUACUCUGGUCGGGCUAUGUGUGGCCCUGGCAGCAUUGGCAUGCGCCGCCGCAAUGACCUGGUGGUAUUGCCGACGGCGCCGAGAACACAUGAAAUUGAGCAUAGACAAGUCUCUGGCAUUCAGACCACCUCAUCGUAAACCAACAGCGGUAAAGAGUCCUGGUAGUACAACGCAUUAUUUGAAGAAGAGUCCAAGUCCCACGGGUCCAGCUAAAUCACCACCAGGUUCAGGUGGUCAGACACCAUCACCAACUGGCUCUCAGCAUUCACCGCACUCCAAUAAUCCAUCGUCAAAUCCUAGAACUCCAUCGGGAUUGUCACCACUGCAGACACCCUCGGGUGAAGUCACCAUUAGCAUUGAAAAUGAAAAAGAUAAAGCGGAAUUAGAAUCGAGUGAGAAAGUUGAGCGUGGACUUCUUAACGGAGAUGGACACAGAGAUGGCCUCGGUCAAUUGGUAUUCAAACUCCGUUACCAAGCGGAUCAGAAUGCUCUGGUUGUCACUGUCGUUAAGUGUAAGGGACUUCCGGAGAGGGGAAUGCAAAAUUCUACAAGUGAUCCUUAUGUCAAACUACAGUUGCUGCCUGAUAAGCAAGACAGGGUGAAGACGAGGGUUCUUAGGAAUACUCGUGAUCCAGUUUAUGAUGAGGAUUUUACAUUCUUUGGAAUUUCCAAAACUCAAUUACAGAAAAUCACUCUGCACUUCGUGGUGAUGAGUUUCGAUAGAUAUUCUCGGGAUGAUAUGAUCGGAGAGGUCGUCUGCGCCUUGUCAUCAGUUCAGGGCCUUGAAGAUGCGGAUAAUCAGCAGUUGUCUCUCUGUCGGGAAAUUUGCCCACGUAUACUGAAGAUUCAAUCACAAGGCAGAGGAGAACUGCUCGUCUCUCUUUGCUGGCAGCCAGCGGUGAAUCGUUUGACUGUUGUGGUACUUAAAGCUAGAAACCUCCCGAAGAUGGACGUCACUGGGCUUGCUGAUCCUUAUGUGAAGAUUUAUCUCCUUUACAACUCACAACGUAUUGCUAAGAAGAAGACUCACAUCAAGAAACGAACGCUUAGUCCAGUGUUCAAUGAGUCUUUCGUUUUCGAGAUACCGAAUGGUACAGAUGGACUGGUGAAUGUUAGUCUUGAGUUUAUGCUGUUGGAUUGGGAUCGUGUUACAAAGAAUGAGGUCAUUGGACGGCUUGAGCUCGGAGGCACCAAAUGUCAGGGUUCAGCACUCACUCACUGGAAUGAGGUUUGCAGUUCACCACGACGACAGAUCGCUGAUUGGCACAAACUGCGAGAGUAACCCCAUAUCUCAACCAACAAAAUCCCAAACUCCCAACUUCCUCAUCAGGAUCCUCCACACACUCAUUGAAGAAUGAUAAACACUGGAUAAACCAAUUUACAUUACAUCCCUUCGAUUACGAACAAUGAGGACCAUCCCAAAGGAGGAAAUUAUCAGUUUUAUAAAGGAAACAAAAAAAGAAGUGCAUACAAAAUUCUGAUUGGUGGGCCGAUUGAGGAAAAGAAGAAAACUAUCACUUUAAAUUGGUGCGGCCUCAUACUUUCAUUGAUUAAUUGUCUCGGGCAAUCAGUAUAAAAAUUCGAAUGCUCUGAAAUUUGAUGAUAUAAACGUAUAUUAUAUAAAUGUAAACGGUAAUCCUGACCAGGCAGGGGAGAUGGAAAAUUUUAUUGAGCAUCGUGUUGUGUAACAGGAGUAGGUGAUGAUGACACUCUGAUAUUGAACGGCAUUUAUUUGCAUUGAUUACGUCUUCUUUGCCAAUUAAAAUUUUAUUUUUCUUUUGAUAAAAUGAGAAGAAAAUGAUAAAUUGGCAUGAGAUCGAGAGCUUCAGCGGUCUAUGAGGCGAUUGUAAAUAUGUAAUUGAUGGGUAACAAAAUUGUGAGGAGAUAUGUCAUUAAUUUAUGCAUUCAAACACACAUCAAUGUACCUUAAUUUUCAUUUGCAUUUAGUGCAAUUGAUUGAGUUGCUCUUUUAGAGUCGAUAGAAAUCACAAUGAAUCUCGAAGAUAUCAAUUAUAAAAAAUUAUUUGUUUAUUAGUGGAUAGUUUUUUUCAUAACGAAGCGAUAAGCAAUUAUGCAACGAUACUUCAUUCAGCAGAAAUUUAGAUGAAUUUCUUGAUGGUAUAAAUAACCCAUUUUGUCUGAGUUAUUAGUGAAUCAAUGAUUUAUUCAAUUUAUUCAAUCCAUCAACUAUAAAUUGUUUGCAUCAGUUGGAUAACACACAUUGCAUUGAAAGUAACUGAAACGUCGAAACAAAACAUAUAUCAUGAAGACUUACGGGAUAUAUCGAAUAGGAACAGAAUAUUGAAACAAAAAAAAAACUUUAUCAUUAGAUGACUCAAAGAGAACAGCAUUGCAAUUCGUGUGUCUCGAUAUUUAUUUAAUUAAUUGCUAUACAAAAAUCAUAAUGAUAAUAAAAGAUGGAAAAAAGAAAUGACUAUAAUUAAGUAGUUGGUAGUUUAAAUUAAUAUGCUUUGUCCCUUGUUUCUAUUGGACUGAUACAUCCGAUCUUAUUGAAUUAUUAUUUUUGAUUGAUAAUCCUUUCAGUCUUUCUCAAAUCGGUCUAACGUGUUCAAUGAAAACAAGAGAUUUGCUGUGUAACAUAUGGACUCUUGAUAAAAAAAAUAUUAUCACCAUCAGAGAAGUUUAUUAUCUAUUUUUAGAAUUCUGUCAAUGUUUAGUAAAAUCCGUUAAUUUAAUUUAUAGAUUUUUUUCUCUGUACUUAUUCUGUUAGAGAGAAAAUUCUACGUUGAUUUUUUAUAUGAACUUAGUUUAAUCAGUAUUAUUCCCUGAUUUUAGUGAAGACGGUAUCAUUUUUACAUUCGAACAAGUGGACAACACAGUUCAUGAUUUACGACAUGAUGUAUGUCAGAUUUUCAGACUGUGCAGUCAAUAAAAUGUUUAAAAAUUAA